AUGGGAAUUUUAACAACACAGGAUAAAGAAAAAAUCAAAAGAACAGUUCCAAAGGCAAGUAACAAGAUUAUCGAUGCAACAGUAGCACGAUUAUACAUUGCUUACCCUGACCCAACUAAAUGGGUAUUUACUGGUUUAGUUGGGGCAAUUGCGCUUGUUGAUGACUUAGUAGGUCAUACGUUUUUUCUCAAAUUGGUAGACAUAAUUGGACACCGAGGUGUGUUGUGGGAUCAGGAAUUGUAUGUCAACUUUGAGUAUAAUCAGGAUAGGAAAUUCUUCCAUACGUUUGAGAUUGAAGACUGUCUUGUAGGUUUGCUAUUUGAAGAUACAAAUGAUGCAACUCAUUUUUAUAAAAAAGUGAUUUCUCGACAGAAACACGGUUCAUCUGCCACUGUGAAGAACAAAAAUGCAAUUGCUUUGAAAGAAAGGACAGAGCCAAAAACACAUAGUGCACCAGGACCUAGAGGAGAGUUUGUGGAUGUGAAUACAGCGCAAAGACAGAGGAGAGCUAAAGGAGUGCUAUAUUACGAUGAUGCGCCACCACCAGAAUGGAAGUCGCUUUAUGCAGAAUUGGAAGCUGCAGGUAUAACUGAGGACAUGAUAGUAGACAACAGACAAUUUAUAAAAGACUAUAUUGCCAAACAAGGUGGACCCUUGGUUGGAUUGGAGCCACCAGUGCCCAGAAAGUACCAAGCAGUACACGAACGAAAUGAGAGUGCAAAUGUAGCACCUGCGUCGUCAACCACACUGACACCAAAAAAUAAGAAAGCGCCACCACCGCCACCACCAACAAAACCCGCAGGAGGAGGAGGAGGAGGAGGAGGAGGAGGAGGAGGAGGAGGAGCUCCCAGCAGUUCUCGACCCGAGACAUCGAUUUCUAGCACUCCCGAACCCCAGGAACCUGCUUCGCCAACUGAAAGUUCGGAGCCAGUGAAAUUCAAGCCAAACUUCCGCGUUCCUCCAAUUAAUGCAAUGGUGCCAAAACGCACUCCGACUCAAUCAAGCAACGACAAACCUUUACCAGAGAUGCCUCUGCCAUCGCCACAACCGCCUGCUACUAAUAUCGCUCCUCAGGCGACGCCACCAAGAACAAAGUUCUCUGUACCUCCUCCGUUCCUUCCUAACAACCAAGCUCCAUCAUUGCUGGCGCACCAUACUAAUCAAGCUGUACCACCACCACCGGAUCUUCCAGUUAGAGGUAAUGCCCCAACACUUCCUUCAAGGGCAAAUAUGUCCAACUUUAACUCACCACCACUACCACAGAGAAAUACUCAACCCCCACCUUUAAGAGCUGGCGUUAAUGCACCGCCUCCUCCGCCUCCUAGAGCUGCCCGCGGCCAAGCUAUGCCACCACCACCACCGCCGCCUUCCAGAUCAGCAGCACACGGCACACCCGCUGUACCGCCACGCCAUCAAACUUCAACAGGCACACCAUAUUCCAUUCCCCCACCAAACCAAAGACCUGCCGCUUCUACACCACCACGUGAUUCUCCUGUUGCUUUUUCAUCUCCACCACCACCAGCUCGUCCAGGUGCCGUUCGUGCACCACCAGCACCACCAGCACCACCUAUGCCUCCGAUGGGCACCGGCGCGCCACCAGCGCCACCAGCACCACCUAUGCCUCCGAUGGGCACCGGCGCGCCACCAGGAAAUGAAGGCGAAGGAAGAGAUGCACUUUUAGCAUCUAUCAGAGGAGCAGGUAUCGGAUCUCUAAAAAAAACAGAUAAAUCUCAAUUGGACAAACCCAGUGUAUUGUUACAAGAGGCAAGAGGAGAAACAACACCAGCUUCUCAUAAUUCAAGCGGCCCGCCAGCUGCUGGCCCGCCAGGUAGUUUGGCAGAUGCCUUAUCUGCUGCUUUGAACAAAAGGAAAAACAAAGUGGCUCACAGCGAUGAUGAACAUGAUGAUGAAUGGUAA